AUGAGAUCUUUAAAAGAAAUUUUAGCAAUAUGUGUGAUUGCUGUUAGCGCGCUUGGAUGGGGUAAUGCCGAGGGAACUGCCGCCGCAAGAGACCCAUUCCCGCCUUGCAGGGAUACACCAACGUGCACGUGUGCACCCGUCAUCAACGUCACCCCACCACAAAUGGGUUAUUGCGAUUGUAAGAAUCUCACAAAUUGGCUAUCCAAUACGACGUCUGGGCUGUCAGAGGCAGAAGAAGAUAUUGCAGAUUUGACCACAGAAGUUGUCAAUCUAAAAGGUUCUGUUGAUGAGCUGAAGGCAGAGAGUCACGAGGCAGAAAGUCACGAUGAAUCGGACUUUGUGAACUACUAUGAUGAGAUUGCAGAAGCAACCUGUACAGCCAUGAACACAGCAGGUGGAUGGACAUAUGCCGUACGCAGAGAAUGUGGUGGAAGUCGGACAUGUGCCACCAUAUGCUCGGAUGCACAAUUGCGGGCCCAAGACGGCCAAGUGGCAGGCAGAGCAAUGACGUGCUUUAAUUCUCUCCAUGUUUACGGGAACCGACCAAAGUUUGCUCACGGAGUGGCGGGAUAUGAAAAGUUGGGUUUGAAAAUGUACAGAUACAACGGUUGUGGAGGUGGCUGGGGACCCAAUUAUUGCUGUUGUAGAUCGAAGUAA